AAGCCACUUACAAAUGAUGAAAUACGAGCAACGUGGAGAACGAUACGAGUAGUGCUACUGUACAAGAUCUUUUAACUGAGUUCUAGAGAAGCAAAGUGUGCAGAGUAGAGGUUUUUUUUUUAAAGAUAACGUGGGGUUGGUGUUUUUAUGGGUUAGUUAGAUGUUCACGGAAGAGCUGGGUCUUUAGCUGUUUUUUGAAGAUAGUGACGUCCUGCGGUCCGGAUUGAGAUCAGAAGUUCAUUCCACCGCUGAGGGAAAUGUGGUCUGUGAAGGUCAAGAGUCACCCCAAGGUUCCUGGCUGUCCUGGUUGGCUUAGAUAAAGCAAUAUGCAUGAAUAAAGAAAUGGAUAACGACACGAUCAGUCACUCGGUGAGGCAAAAAGAGUAUUACCCAGAGGAGGCCCAUCGCAGGAUUCUCCUUUAUAAAGACACCAUGCUCGUGCCUUUGGAGGACUUCAUGGCAGCUCACGACCCCCAGUAUUUACUUGAGCUUGAUGGAAACAAGGAUCCAGAAGAGAUUAUUGGGUGUCUUAUAAGUCGUCUAGACUUCAUGGCUGUGAGGAGAGCAGCUGCACCUAUGCGCUUGCUAAACACGGAUGAGGAGGAACCGCCUGACGAGAUGGACACGGAAGAGCUGUUGAACAUGCUGUCCUCCACGAAGACCAUAGCACCAGCUUUCCCUUGGCGAAGGAGUCGCUGGGGCUGCACGUGCCCGGUUGCCCUCAAAGACGGCAAAAUGAUCAAAGGCAAACCUGAAUUUUCCGUCAGCUUCCUGAAUAAAAUCUACGUCCUGUCCUCUCAAGAGGCUCUGCAGAUGUUCAUGUUGCAGCCGAGACGGUACCUGCUCCCACCCAUGCCACGCCCACCCUGCAAAGUGUCUGUGAUCGGGCCGCCACGGUCGGGAAAGAGCACUCUGAGCGCGCUCUUGGCUGAGCAUUAUGGCGCGGUCGUGAUAGACAUGAAGAAGCUGACGGAGGUGGUCAUGGAUAAAAUCAGGCAAGAAAAGCUGGAGAAGGCGCAUCAGGACACGACGGAAAAUGUCAAGGCCUUGACACAGAAGGACGAGUCUGAAACGGAGGUGACGGAGGAUCGCCCGGACGUUCUAGUGGAAGACGCCGUGAAAGAAGCAGAAAAGAAGUCGGUGGAACAAACAGAUGAUAUGUGUGCAAACGCCCUGGACGAAUGGAUCAGACAGAUUCAGGCAGAAGAUGCAGAUGCUGAGUUUAAAAGGGGAUGGGUGCUGGACAACUAUCCCACCACCAGCGCUCAGCUGGCAGCCAUACAGAAACUGCAUCCUGACCUCAUGCCUGAUGUGAUGUUCUGUCUCAGAGACAGUGAGGGAGAAGGAAGGACCGUUCUGAGAAGGCUUUAUGAAGAGAACAAGGAGGAGGUGGAUGCGGUUGUACUAGCUGAACUACAGGAGGAGCGGAGGAAGAACCCAGCAGCAAGCCAAAACACUCAGCCGCGGAUGGCGGACUCCGAAAACGACACCCUGACAGGCAGUGCUCUUUCCACACUGGAGGUGGUUCCUGAGGAGUCUGAUGUUACUGAGGUGACGUUGCCUAGUACAUGGGAACACGGCUAUCCUCCUGGCCCAGCGAUGCAAAUGUACAAGCUGCAGCUACAGAAGUUUACGGAGGACUGGAAUAGCAUGGAGUCCUCCAUCACUUGCAGCUAUGUUCUACUGGAGAUCGCCAACCAAACCCCUGAGAUUCUACUCCAGGAGAUGGUUGACCAAGUAGAACGACCGUUUAAGUACAAGGCCCAAGAGAUGUCCAGCAUGGAUCUGGAUAAAGAGGAGGACGAGGAUGUGCUGGAGGACGAGGAUGAAGCAGAGGAAAGCAGCAUUAAAAGGUGGCUUGGGGAUACUAAGAAGUACUGCCCGGUCGUGCUCCGGGAGAAGGGCACGUUGGUGCCCUGUGCGAAUGAUAUCGCUGCAAAAUACAGAGAGAAGGUCUACUACUUUUCUAGCAGCAACGCAUGGGAGAACUUCAUGCAGACACCAGAGCUCUAUGCUCCAACUACUCGACUACUUCAACCUCCUGCCCUGCGUAUCUUCCUGCUGGGAGUGCGUGGCUCAGGAAAAACCACCCACGGCCACUGGCUGGCGCAGCAGCUGGGUCUCUUUCAUGUCCAGUUCCGGGAACGCCUGCAAGAGCUGAUUCUGGCCAAGACUCGGACACGCGUGCCCUACGCUGACGAGGCAGAGCCGCCCGAAGAGCCACCCAGUGAUCUGCAGAGUCUGCUGCAGGCCAAUACCCGGCCCACAGCUUCUCCCGUCGAGCUGAGCCGAAACGAAACCCUCACCAAUAAUAAAGACCACGCUGAGGGUUCGUCAAUCAUUAUGGCCAAACAGUUCAGAUUUUGUUUUGAGAAGAGAACACUCCUCCAGAAGGAGACUCCUGCACUGACAGAUGAAGAGGAAGCUAUAAAGUCGUAUCUAUCUGAUGGACAGCCAUUAACGCACCAAAUCCUAGAGAAGGUUCUGCUGCAGUUCUGGCAUCAAGAGCCAUACAAAUCAACAGGCUUUAUUCUCGAGGGUUUUCCUCAGCAUUCAGAAGAGGUGUCCUUUCUAGUGGAGCGCCACUUAUACCCAGAUACCGCCUUAGUUAUGUCUGUGGAGGUGUCGGAAGUGGUGAAGCGUCUGCUGCCCCCAUGGCUUGACAGAUGGAGGGAGAGAUGCACACGAAGGAGAGGGCAGAUGCAGCUACUUAAAGAGCUACGCAGCAAAAUUAGGGAGGAGGCCAUUGCUCGAAGAAGAGCCGAACUUGUGUCCGAAUAUGCACCCCAAACACCCAGAGAAAAGGAUGACGAGGAAGAUGAGGUGCAGGAAGAUGAAGAUCAGCUGAACUGGGAGCAAGAGCUGGAAUACAAGCUGCUGGAGGAGUUUCCCGAGGAGGAGCAAGAGGACGAAGAGGAAGAAGAGUCCGAGGCCAGCGCAGAGUAUCGGAUAGGAACAGAGAUCAGUGAGAGGUUUGACCGGGAUGACGGCAACCUCAACAUGAUUAUGGAGCUUCUGGCUGAACACCGGAUUCCUCACCUGGCGGUCAGUGCCGGCCGGAAGCCUCACAUUGUGCGCGCCAAGCUACUGAAGCAGGUCAAGCCUCUGGUGGAGAACAGGGAAGCUCUAUUUCAAACGUGUUAUCCCAUCAACUAUACCACUGCUCAGAAACUCCUGCGCUUCUCCUACAAGUACUACAGUGCCUUCGGCUGUUGGGAUCCCGUCCGGUAUGCAGAGGGAGAUCUGAUCCAGCAUAUGCAGGACCCCAUUAAUACUAGCUUCUUUGUCAUCUUGCACGACUUCAUUUACUUCUUUGCCUCCGAGGAGACACGCAACACUUUCAUGAUCAACCCUAUCAAAUACCACCUUCAGCCCAAGCCCAACCCUUCCCUGCCCAUCAAACUUGCCAUCAUCGGUAGUCCGAAAUCCGGAAAAACCACAGUUGCCUGCAUGUUUGCCCGUGAAUAUGGACUGGCACAUGUAACCAUCGGUGGUGUAAUGCGGACCGUGCUCAGUCUCCAAGACAAGACAGAGCUCGCCACCGAGAUGCUGAAGUACUUGAGCCAGGGCUUGACUGUGCCUGAUGAACUGGCCAUUCAGUGCCUAGAAGUGGUCCUUUUGAACGUAGUCUGCAGCACACGGGGGUACGUGCUGGAUGGAUUUCCCAUGACCAAAAGACAGGCGGACCUGAUGGCAGCUCGUCGCAUUAUUCCUAUUCGAGUGAUCGAGCUGCAGAUAGACAAAGACGAAAUGCUGAGGAGAGGCAUGAAAGAUAUGAUGAAGCCAGACAGGCCGUACCCGAUGCAGGACAGCACUCGGUUCCUGGACGUCCGAAUUUCCUGCUUUAAGCGUGAGGUUGAGGCAGUCAGGAAACACUUCCAUCAGCAGUACCAAAACUGGGUUCCAGUUGAUGCGCACAAAAGCAGUUGGUGGGUAUGGCAUCAGAUUCUGGAUGAAACCCAGAUUAGUAUGCGACACAUCCACACCUACCUGAAGAGAAUUCGUAAAGGCCAGGCUGCCAGCAUAGCGCAUCUGUGUAUUACUCCGUGCGAGCUUCAGUCUCGACUGGGCGAGUUUGGCCAUUAUUGUCCUGUGAGCUUGGCUCUCCAUAAACACUUGGUAGACUGCUCCCUCAACACUUCCCUGGAUUUGGCUGCAGAGUUCAGGAGACGCUACUACAAAAUGGCAUCCAGGAAGUAUCUUGAGAAAUUUCUUGAGGCACCAGAGCAGUUUUUGGCCCCAAUUUGCCCUCAUAAGCUGCCCCUUCCUCAGUUUCUUCCCCGUAAGCUGAGUGCAGGCGAGGUGAGGAGUCGCUUCCCUCAGCAGGUGGAGCUAAAAGGCUACUGUCCAGUCACGUACCUAGAAGGCCAGCAGAGGUAUGAGGCUCUGGUUCGUGGCAAUGUGAACUUUGCAGUGGAAUACCAGGAGAAGAUCUACAUUUUUGAGACAGAGGAGAAACGACACAAGUUUCUAAGAUCACCUGAGACUUACUGGCACCAGAAAGUCCCUCAUAAACUUCCACCACUGGGAGACCCAAUACAACUGACCUCUUUGCCAAAACUGGGUUAUUUGGAACAGGGAGUAGCCAAAGCCAUCAUUAAAGGCAUGACAGAGUUGGGCAACCUCAAGCCAAAGUUCCCGUACCUCAGCAUGAAGAGAUCUGCUAUACACUACCUGGCCUUACAUCUUAAAGGUAAUGCAUAUAACAAAACAUCGAGCUACACUCAGAAGAAGUACAAGAAGAAGCUGGCUCAGUAUGAGGAUGACUGUGAACUCAUCCCCUACUUGAGUUCCACUCUGACCCAGAAGUACAAGCCUCCUCAUGAGCUUCCCAUCGAUUUCAAACAUAAGCUUCGCAGGUUUCUUGCCUUGAAGGACUACGCUGAAACUCCAUCAGGACUGAUGCCGCUUGGAGGGAAUUAAUGUAGAGCUUGUUCCAGUUUAACUUAUUCACCUCAAAAUCUGAAUAAAACCUUUAUUUGUUUGAGCAAUAUAAAA